ACUAAAAAAAGUAAAGUUAAUAUUUCCGCAUACUCUCCUUCUAUUGUCAGUCGACCACCGCAUCCGCCCGUACAUUCGAAACUGGCAACUGAGAUCGUCAUCUCUUCUUAAAUCUUAUUUAUCUCUCUCUCUCUCUCUCUCUCUCUCUCUCUCUCUCUCCGGUCGUUUCUGAACCGGACCGAACCAAACCGAACCGGAAACAUGGGAGUGCCAGCGUUUUACCGGUGGCUCGCGGAUCGAUACCCGCGAUCUAUUGUCGACGUCGUGGAGGAAGCACCUUCCCCCUCCGUCGCCGGCGGUCCUCCGUUUCCCGUUGAUGUAUCAAGACCUAAUCCCAACGGCAUGGAGUUCGAUAACUUGUACUUAGACAUGAACGGCAUCAUCCACCCUUGUUUUCAUCCCGACGGCAAGCCAGCACCUGCUACCUAUGAUGAUGUAUUUAAAUCAAUGUUUGACUACAUCGACCAUCUCUUUUCAUUGGUUCGACCAAGGAAGCUUCUUUAUCUUGCAAUUGAUGGUGUUGCACCAAGAGCCAAAAUGAACCAGCAACGUUCUCGCCGUUUUCGAGCCGCAAAAGAUGCAGCUGAGGCUGAAGCUGAAGAGGAAAGGCUUAGGAAUGAAUUUGCUGAUCAGAUAGAACUUUUGACUUCCAAAGAAAAAACCGAGACUCAUGACUCAAAUGUCAUUACUCCUGGCACUCCGUUUAUGGCAGUGCUGUCGGUGGCACUUCAGUAUUACAUACAAACUAGAUUGAAUUACAACCCGGGCUGGCGGAAUACUAAGGUCAUGCUUUCUGAUUCAAAUGUUCCUGGCGAGGGAGAACAUAAAAUAAUGGAUUAUAUUCGAUUACAGCGUAACCUUCCUGGUUUCGAUCCAAAUACUCGACACUGUUUGUAUGGAUUGGAUGCUGAUUUGAUUAUGUUGUCCUUAGCUACACACGAGAUUCAUUUUUCAAUAUUGAGAGAGGUAAUAACUUUUCCUGGACAACAAGAGAAGUGUUACAUGUGUGGCCAAGUUGGCCAUCUUGCAGCUGAGUGUCGCGGUAAGCCAGGUGAUAAUGCUUUGGACUGGCCUGUUGACGAUACUCCAAUUCACAAGAAGAAAUAUCAGUUUCUUCACAUUUGGGUGCUGCGUGAAUAUUUGCAAUAUGAAUUGUUGAUUCCUGACCCUCCGUUUGAGAUCGACUUUGAGCGCAUAGUAGAUGAUUUUGUGUUUCUAUGUUUCUUUGUUGGCAAUGACUUUCUUCCGCAUAUGCCAACAUUAGAGAUACGUGAGGGGGCUGUGAAUUUAUUGAUGCAUAUCUAUAGAAAGGAAUUCACUGCCAUGGGUGGUUAUCUUACUGAUGCGGGUGAGGUUUUCUUAGAGAGAGUGGAGAAUUUCAUUCAGUGCGUUGCUGUUCAUGAAGAACAAAUAUUUCAGAAACGAGUUCGGAUUCAGCAGUCUCAAGAAUUCAAUGAAGGGAUGAGAGCUAGAGCAAGAGGAGAAAUGCCUGAAGAGCCACGUGCCUCAGUUGUAGACAAGGUUAAGUUAGGACAGCCUGGAUACACGGAAAGGUAUUAUGCCGAAAAGUUUGGUGCAUCAGAUCCAGAGAUUGAGAGAAUUAAGAAAGAUAUAGUCUUGAAAUAUGUAGAAGGCCUUUGUUGGGUUUGCCGGUAUUACUAUCAGGGUGUCUGCUCGUGGCAGUGGUAUUACCCGUACCAUUAUGCUCCUUUUGCUUCUGAUCUUAAAGAUUUGGCUGAUCUGGAAAUAACUUUUUUUAUGGGAGAACCAUUUAGACCAUUUGAUCAGCUCAUGGGGACUCUACCCUCUUCAAGUUCAAGUGCACUACCUGAAAGAUAUCGUGAUUUGAUGAUUAAUCCUUCAUCGCCUAUUCUUCAAUUCUAUCCUUCUGAUUUUGAGAUUGAUAUGAAUGGCAAAAAAUAUUCCUGGCAGGGUGUUGCCAAGCUGCCGUUCAUUGAUGAGAAGAAGUUGCUUUCUGCCACAAGGACACUUGAAGGCACAUUAACGGAGGAGGAACAGCUCCGAAAUAGUAAGAUGCUUGAUUUGCUUUAUGUCAGCCGUGCACAUAAGUUGGUUCCACAUAUCUUAUUCUAUUACCAAAAUUAUAGUCAUUUGCCUCAUCAACAAAGACCUGUUCUGCCAAUUGACCCAAGUGCUAGUGAUGGUAUGAAUGGAUUUUUGUGGUCAUAUGAAAGAAAUGUGUUCAGAACCGUUGUAUCUUCUCCCAUCAAAGGCCUGCAGGAUAUCGCGUGUAAUCAAGUUUUAAAUAUUACUUACCUUAAUCCUCGCACUCAUAGGCAUAUCCCAAAACCUCCGGAUGGUGUAGUAAUGCCCCAAAAGAUAUUACGAGCCCUUGAUAUUAAACCUCUGCCUGUGUUAUGGCAUGAAGACAAUAGUAGGCGGCAUCAAGCCAGAGAAAGACAACAGGUACCUGGAGCAAUUGCCGGUCCUCAACUAGGAGAAGCAGCUCACCGUCUUGUCAGAAACUCCCUUCAGUUCAAUAAUAAUACAUCCUAUCCGGACCAGUUUCCAAGCCAGCAUACAAUGAACAGGGUCAGACCAACUGGAGCCUCUGGAUCUGGAAAAUAUUACGGUGAGGAAUCAAGUGGUUAUUAUGGACAAAAUUACAAUCCCCAGGGCAUGAUGACCAGGCCUAGAUUUCCAAUAGCGUCUAAUGGUUGGCAAAAUGACAGACAGAAUAUUAGGAUACAAGAUAGGUCACAGCAUCAUGAACAGUUCCACAACAUGAAAACUGGAUUCCAAGCUUUGACCAUAGAUGAAGGUGUGAGACCUAGGUCAUCUGCAGUGCCUUCACCAAAAACACCUGCAAUGAUGUUAAUGAGGCCGCAAAAUUCAGGGCACACAACCAAUCUACAACCCCAAUUCGUCCAGAACAUUGGUCCUCCUAUUCCACCUCCAAAUUGGAUUAGUAAAGCUCCAGAUACGAAUGGAAUGUAUGCUAGACAUCAAGAAGCUGCAGUAGGGGGAGCUUAUGAUAAACCCAUCAAGAAGGUGUACCAAAUUAAAACUCGUAAUCCCCAAGAUAUGCCAGAGCAGGGGAAUCAAUGGUGAUUGUUGUGGACUUUAUUUGUCUUAUUUAACUGGAGUGCUCUUGCUUAUUGCUUUCCUCAUCCCCAGACUGGAGCUCAUCCAAGUUGAUAAUUGCAGUUUGAGGGGGCACUUAUUUGAUACCAUCAUGCAAUAGGCAGAAAAAUGGUUAUCAAAAGCCAUCAAAGACAAUCUGCAGGGAAGGUGCUGCUUUUAUCUUCGCAUACUAGACAUGGGACUUCCUUGAUAGUGGUCCAGGCCUAAACCAGUUGGAAAGGUCCGAGAUUCAUGAAAUGUUCACAGUUGUUGUACAUUCCUAGUUCUGUACUCAUUGAGCUGGUCAAGGCCGUUGGAGGAUAUCAACUAGAUUACUGUAAAACAAGUGUUAUAAAAUCAUGCUGGCCUCGGGGCUCAUUCAAUUCUUGUCUUUCAUUUUUUUUGUAUUGAUGUCAAUCUUCAAUGUUAUGUAAAGCUUAGACUGGUGGAGUAGAAUGAAUUCAACGACCGUAUAAGGUAAUCCAAUCGAUCAAGUUCCAAAUAAACUAUAUAGGGGAGGUUGCAAUAUGGAUGGUAGAAUGUCUUUUUCCUUCUAAAGAGUCUAGCGGCGAAACUUACACUAACAAGUGUUAGGGUGUUGAGAAGGGAAAAAUUGCGGGGUUCGAAUGUCCUUCGCAGCCUUUUACCAUCUCUUUUAUCGGUCUGUGUCUGUUGUAUCAGUCUUCGUGUCAAUUGUUGUGUAGAGUGAAUAAAUAAUGUCAAGUUUUACUGUUUGAAUUAUUUAAAAUAAACAAAUUAUCUUUCCUCUU